AUGACUUCUAUAAAAAAUCUGGCCAAGACUGCAAUCAUUUUAUAUGCCAUUUGUUUUUUUACAAAGUCUGAUGGACGACCAAUGAUGAAAAGAUCAGUGAGUGAGAUGCAAUUAAUGCAUAAUCUUGGAGAACAUCGGCACACUGUGGAGAGACAGGACUGGCUUCAGAUGAAACUGCAGGACGUGCACAGCGCCCUCGAGGAUGCCAGGACCCAGAGGCCUCGGAACAAGGAUGAUAUUGUCUUGGGGGAGAUUAGACGUCGGAGGCUGCUCCCUGAGCAUUUGCGGGCAACAAUGCAGAAGAAAUCCGUUGAUCUGGACAAAGCCUACAUGGAUGUACUCUUCAAAACAAAGCCAUAAUGAAAAGAGCCAGAGCAUUAUGUCUGUCCAAGUAAGCACGUGUCUGUAGAUCACUGAUCAAGUAGGGCAU